CUUACUUUCUAAUUCUCUUUCUCUUCCUGUUUUUCUGGCUUAAUCAUGAUCAGUGGGCGUUAAUUCAGUUGAUUUGAUUGUUGUUUAUACCUAAACUUAACCCUUUCAACUAUUGGCCCUUUUAAAAUAAGGUAAGAAUUAAAUUCCAAUUAGUUGUGACUUACAUUUAUCCAUCACCAGUACCACUAAACCACCAAGAGAUAAAUAUCUUUGGAUGAUGGAGAAACCUUUUAGUGAAAGUGCUGUGGCUGGAGAUUUCUCCCGAUUGAAUUCACUUUAUCCAUACACUGAUCUAAGUGAGCUACCUUUUUGUUGGUCAAACAAGGACAAGGCAAACUUUAUCUCUCUUUCAGAUGAUAAUUUAAAGGUUCACUAUAAGGGUAAUGGAAAGAACAAUAAAGAUGCUGCCUCCGUUCGCACUUCCAUACCAAUACCUUCUAGCUGUUUGUUAUACUACUUUGAAAUUAAAGUUUUAAGCAAAGGUCGUGAUGGUUAUAUGGGCAUUGGUCUGGCUGCUCAAGGUGCUAAUAUGCAACGAUUACCUGGCUGGGAUAAGCAAUCGUAUGGAUAUCAUGGGGAUGAUGGUAACUCUUUUUGCUCAUCGGGUACUGGUCAACCUUAUGGACCCAUUUUCACCACUAAUGAUGUGAUUGGUUGUGGUUACAAUAUAGUUGAGAAUAAUUGUUUCUUUACCAAAAAUGGUCACAAUCUGGGUAUCGCUUUCACCGAUUUGCCAAAUAUUCCCCUUUAUCCAACCAUUGGCCUCCAAACUCCUGGAGAAAAGGUUACUGCUAACUUUGGUUUGGAGCCUUUUUGUUAUGACAUUGAGGAUGAUCUUAGAGCAUUAAGACAGCGAAUCACUUCAAACAUAAUUAACCAUCCUGUUAAAUACACAGAGUGGCAAUCUGCGAUAAAUAAGCUUGUCCUUUCCUGGCUAAUACAUAACAGUUAUUGUUCCACGGCGGAAGUUUUCUCCUCUGUAACCAAACAAGAAUUUAAAGAAAAUGUGCAACAAAUUAAACAACGUCUUAGAAUACAACAACUUGUUCUGGCAGGAAAAAUAGAAGAUGCCAUUCAGUUGACUAACAAAUUAUACCCUGAUGUACUUAAUGAUAAUCCAAACCUAUUGUUUGCUCUCAAGUGUAGACAAUUUGUUGAAAUGAUCAGUGAAUCUUGUGGUAAAAAGACAAUUCAGCCUCUGACAUCAUCAUCUUCCUCUACAACCCUAUCAUCAUCAGAAUUAAUCAGCAACAAAUCAAUUACCAACACUUCUGGAGACUUUAAAUCAUCAUCCGACUCAACCUGUACAACAAAAACAAUCACCAAGACUCAAAGUGUAGCUAACAACAACAAUGCAACUAACCCAUCAUCAUCAUCAUCAUCAUCUUCUUCUUCAUUAACAAAGACAGCUCAUCCAUCCAAUUUGAUUUGUUCGCCUUCCUCGUCUUCGAAUUUACCCUUUUCUUCCUCAUCAUCAACAGAUUUUUCACCUUCUUCCACCAAUAUGACUUCCAAUCUUGAGACAACAUCAAAUAAAAACAAUAUCAACAACAACAACAACCUAAAUACAACCACCAAUAAUAGUGUUAAUAAUUGCAAAUCAAAUGACGCCGACGCCAUUACAGCCAACUACAAUAACAAUUUAAACACCAACACUAUUAACGCCACCAGUAACAAUAGUAACAAUAACAUCACAACCACAAAUGGCCUGACAACAAGUGAUUGUAAUGGUAAUUCAUUUAGUGAUAAGAUGGAUAUAGAUCAUGAUGAUGAGCCUGAAGACGAAGAGUCAAGUAGUAGUAACAAUAUCAACUCUUCAACCUCAACCAUCACCAAUAAUAACAAAUUACAUUCUAAUACCUCAAUUAGUUGUACCGAUGAAAUUUCUAAAAUUGAAGAUGAUCCUGUUGCAGAAAAUAAUAGUAAUCUUGAUGAUGCAUCUCGUCUGUCCAUGUUGAUCAAUUUUGGUCGAGAAUUACACAAAUUGUCUAAACAAUUGAAAAAGAAAAGUGGUUCCAAUGAUCAGAAUAAAAAAAUGCUCCUCCAAGUUUCCAGUCUAAUGGCCUACAGUGAUCCAACCAAAUCACCCAUUGCAUGGCAACUUAAUCCAAGUGAAAGGGAGCAUGUUUGCCAACAAUUAAAUAAUGCCAUUGUAAUGAGUGAACUUGGCGGCUGUAAUUAUCGUCCACCUCUAGAAUCAAUUGUAAAGCACACGAAAUCACUAUUGAAGCUCAAUGGUCAAUGUGGAGCCUGGUUGUUAGAUCAGCUAUGAAAAUCAAUGAUCAUAUUAUAUUGACAACUAUAUAUCUCUCUCUCACACACACACAUCUCUAUCUACUAUCUCUUUCUUUCUUUCUUUCUUUCUUUCUUUUACCUUCAUCUUUUUCUCUUAACCUUCUUUCACUCUUGUUUCUUACCUUAUAAAAGGCAUAGGCUUAAAAAUGAAAAGAAAAGAAAAUGGAAACAAAUUGUCAAACCAACAACAACUGAUUGCAUUUCAAUUGUCAACAAUAUCAUCUUGUAAUUCAGUUCUUUGCUGAAAAAAUCUCUACACGAUCACUUUCUGCUUCCUCUUCGAGUCCCCCCUUUCUCUCUCUCUCUCUCUCGCUUUCUAUUAAUCCACUCUCCUUCUUUUCACACUCCACUUUGAACUCAUUGUCCUCUAUCGUUUUUCUUAUACUCAUCACUAAUUUCUUGAUUAUAUUAGGUAAAUAAUGUUCUCUAUUCAUUAUUAUUCAUUAUUAGUCUUAACAGAAGAAAAAGAUACAAAAAUAAAUCUGAAUAUUCAUUUUAUCAUUCAGCUUAUCUCCCCACUUUCUCUCUCAUCCUCAAAAUGAUUAAAUGACCUUAAGAGCAACAAUUAAUUGUAAUCAUUGAGUUUCCAUCUAAUAUUCAGCAAUCACCAGUUAGUUUUUCGUCCUUGGCCUUAUUACAAUUGAAUAAACCUUUUAAUAAGCUUUUUCAUUAUA